AUGACAGGGUAUACCCCUUACUACCUUCUGUAUGGGCAGAACCCCGUCUUUGGCUUUGACGUUGCGGACCGAACGUGGUCGGCGCUCGAUUGGUAUGCCGUCAAGGAUACUGCUGACCUCUUGGCUCUUCGCCUGAAGCAGAUCACGCGGCGCGAAGUCGACAUCGGGAAAGCAAUGGAUCGGGUCAACGAGAAUCGCAAGAAGGCUGUCGAAGCGCACGAAAGGAGGUACGCAGGUAAGAUACAGAAGGAGAUGUGGCCGGUAGGAACGCUCGUCCUGGUUCACCAGACGUGGCUAGACAAUCAGCACGGACACAAGGGUGCGCUGAGAUGGGCGGGCCCGUACGUAGUACGACGGGUUGUUGACCGCUUCUACGAGUUGACGGAGCUCGACGGGACCGUCAUGAAGGGAGCCUUCGCUGCUGACAGAGUCAAGAAGUUUUUCUACAGGUACGAAAAGCAAUCAAUGAUGGACCUCCCAAGGCAUCGUGAACGUCUUGCACCGGCCGAUGCGGAUCGUUCCUCACGAGCAGUCGAGGCUGUGGGCGCGCUCGAGAACGAGAACACGCGCAUAUUCGGAUCCCUACGAGAAGACUUGCCCUGUUGGCGAAUUGGCGACAUUGCAAGAGAAGAAUCUGUCCUUGUCGACAACAACGAGCUCAUAACCAUCAUGGCUUCCAAUUUGGAUGACUUGUACAAUAUGGCUCCUGGCCGGCACCCCUGGUGGUAG